UUCUCUUGUGCUGGGAGUACAGAGAGCCUUUCCAUCAUGAGCUUCACCGGAAAGUACGAACUCCAGUCCCAGGAAAAUUUUGAGCCUUUUAUGAAAGCCCUUGGGCUUCCCGAUGAGAAGAUCCAGAAGGGCAAGGACUUGAAGAGCAUCACCGAAAUUGUGCAGGAUGGGAACAAGUUCAAGAUUACCGUGACCACUGGCUCCAAAGUGCUGCACAACGAGUUCACCAUUGGGGAGGAGUGCGAGAUGGAGAUGUUGUCAGGAGAAAAAGUCAAGGGUCUUGUUCAGAUGGAAGGUAACAACAGACUGAUUGGAACCGUGAAAGGGCUGAAAUCUGUCUCCGAACUCAACGGAGACACCAUCACCCAUACUAUGACCAUGGGAGACCUCACCUACAAGAGAGUCAGCAAGAGAAUCUAGAGACCCUGCACACACCAAACAUUUUACUGUGUAAAAUGUGUCCAUUAAAGUAAAAUUUGUAUUAAAGGCCUCUUCAUUAUUGUCAUCAACCUCUUCACUGUUGCU